AAAGAAGGACAGGAAAUAUGUCAGUGGUGGGUGCGAUUCUGUGCAGUCACAGCCCAAACUCCUCACGCUUCAUCACCAGCUGCUUCACACUUCACACACUGAUUCCACCUGACAACAUCUCCCUGCUGCUCGCCAACGCCAGUCCAAGAUCUCGAGAUUCUAAGAUGUAUCACUUUGUGUGCUUCGUUCUGCUUGUGAGUCUGGAAGGAAUAAAAACUUCUACUCAAACAACAUCGAUUGAACACACAGUCAGUCAAAUGGACACAGCAACGAUGACAUACAAAGGGCCCAGUGAUCACAAAGGCAUGUUAGCUCAAACUAUGGGGAGUAAGCCAUCAAGUAAGCCACCAAGUAAGCCACCAAGUGAGCCACCAAGUGAGCUAACAAGUGAGCCAUCAAGCUGUCUGAUUGAUCUCAAGGACAAGAAGGACGUGUUACUAUUUUCUGCAAACGCAUUACUCCUGCUAGUCUGUCUUUUGUUGCUGCUGAUUAUUAUGUGCAUGGCCUGCAAACGUUGCAGACGUUCCAGGAAGGACAAGAUGGUCAUGAUGAAAUCGUCCAGCGGUGUAAAUGGUAAGCCUUCUGAAUGCGAGGUCAAAUAUUCCUCUGUGAACGUGGAGAUCGAGACAACACCAGAUGAGGCACAGGAGCAAACCCCAGAAGAGGAGGUGGGUGGAGAAGCUUCCCAGGUCUCCGCCAAAGAGAACCAAAAUACAGCCAAAGACACCAAUGAGACCAGUGAGACAAAUGAGGCCACGCCCACCCAAGAAGUCGAUCGGUCCGACCAAACGGAUCUGAAGAUGGAAGAUUUGGACAAGGCCGAAUAGAAAUCCUCCCGGCGUCACCGGAACACCACGCGCAGCUCCAACCGCCGGAGGAACCGAAUUCAAAGCCAAAUCCUGUGCAUCAGAGUCUGUCGUCUGGCUUUUGUUUCCGAGCAACAAAUUUCUAAAUGCUCUGUGCUGAGUUUAGAAUUGACUUUAAGAAUAAUGUAUCGCUUUAUGUAAAUGACUCAAAUAAAUAACUAAUACCAAAAUAACUCUCGUGUAUAGAGUCAAAGAAUACUGCUGAGUUUGUUUCCUUUUUUUUCAAACCUUGCUUUUGGAAGAAAUGGAUAAAUAAAUACAUUUCAAAAUG